AUGAGGGGAUGUGGUAAUUCCCCCUGUGGUGUCUGCAAGUUCUUGAGAAGGAAAUGUGUUAAGGGUUGUGUAUUUGCACCUUAUUUCAGCUAUGAAGAAGCUGCUGCUCAUUUUGCAGCCAUCCACAGGGUGUUCGGGGCGAGCAACGUCGCCAAGCUCCUUGCUCACCUCCCGAUGAGCGAUCGCUGCCAAGCAGCAGUCACCGUCUCAUACCAAGCUCAGGCCAGGCUUCAAGAUCCCAUUUAUGGUUGCAUUUCGCGUAUUUUUGCCCUCCAACAACAGGUUGUGAAUUUGCAAGCUCAAUUGGCUGCACUCAAGGAGCAAGCUGCAGCUCAUGAACUCAUCAUUAUGAACAGCUCCAGCAGUACUACUACUGCAGGAAACCCUAAUCACCACAAACCCUACGCCGAAAGCCCUUCUAAUUAUUAUUGUUUCCCACAGGAUACUGUUCGUAAUUGGUGCCAGAAUCAUGUCGAAAUGUCCCAAUGGGAUACGUGUUUGAACAACAACAACAUCGGAAGCAUGCCAAUCCAUUCUGACAGCAGAAUCAUCACUCCGAACCCUAACUCUGUCAAGUGUGGAAAUACGGAGGAAAACACCUUGUUUGGAAGCACGGAUUCGCCACAUGAAAUGCAAUUAAACUACACGCACUGGCCAUUUGAUCAAGAAGAAGAUGGAGAUCAUGAUCAUGAUCUCCAAUCACUGCCCUUCAGAUAUAUUCAGUAUUCACAAGGGAAAAUUAAUUAA